AUGAAUCAGGAGGACGAUAUUCCGGCAAGAGUUACCCGUGGUGCUCUUCGUCGGCGUUCUGUUGACCAGGAAGCCACUCCACAGAAUCCCGCCGGUGCGAGUGGAACCCCCAAGAAGUCAGCCAGCACCUCAAAAAAGAGUUCUGCAUUGAACGCUAUCCAGGAGAACGGAAGUCGACCGGCAACUCCUGUUACAGGACGCGCGUCGCGUUUACGUACGUCAGAGUCCACGGAUACUCCAACGUCGGUGUCAAACAAAAUGCUACAGAAUCUUAAGGAUGCGGAAUCGGGGACCGGAUCAGGGCAGCGUUCUCGGAACGUUUCACUCACGGAAGAAAAUGUAAACAAGCUGAAUGCAACCUUCGAAGGCCACAGCUCAAGCGUUACGGUACGUCCGCGCACACCGGCACGGCUCCGAGCCUCGCAUGAAACUUUGACUUCAGCUAAUUCACCACAAACUGUACAACCGGCCGUACGUCGCUCGGCGCGUCGAAACAGUUUUACGUCGGAUGAUGGCAACAGUUCCGUUCAAUCGCUUCCAAUCACUACGCCGAAGAAGCACGGGCUACGUACAUUCAAGGACGAUGUGAUCAUAGAAGAGGACGCUAGCGACGAUCGGGCUGAAUCGGUUGCUUCGGAAACAUCAUUUGGUCGAAAGCAGCGACGCCAAUCGGCAACGAUGGGGAAGCCAGCGUCUCCAAGUCCCCGAAGUGCUACAGCGAGCCCUUUAAACUUAAAAAAUGAAGCAACGCCACCGCGUAAUGGUAGCACCACGAAACAAACUCCCUCUUCGUCUCUGAAGACGCCUAAACCAUCACCGCGCUUAAAGAAUGUUUCGUUCAAUGAAAACACCAAGCUGGAUGAUAAUUCAAGCUCGUUCCAAAAGACGCCUACAGCGGUGGGCAAGAAAUUCGUCCUGGUACUAGAAGACUUGCGCAAUUCGGAGCUGAUUAGUGUGUCGCCCAAAGUAAACGUCGAAAUCAAGCUGCCCUUGAAAGUAAGUCCCUCGAUAGAGACUAACCCAAACUCUCGUGCAAGUGAAGCGCAGGAAAAUAUUGCCAUUGAGCAGGAAGAACCGGAUUCCAUUCCUCCGUCCCCGAAGCAAUCGACUCUCGGAGAGAACACAGUAAAUUUGGAUGUCAGUACCAAGAAUGGCGAUAAAGUUGAGCCUGCAGUCAGCACAAGCGAUGUGAGCGGUAUCGAAACGCUAGAGUCAUCUGUGAUGGACGUAUCUGAAAGCAUGCAAACACCAGACCGCUCCAAGUCGAACGGGGAGAAAGUUUCUCAUCAAUGGGGCCAUACGGUUCGUGGUUCUGCCUCGAAAGGAAUUGACGAGUUUAGCGUUCGAAAGCAGGAAGAGGAAGAAAAGCUCGAUAAGCAGAAAGAGCAGUUGUCACUAUUGCAUUCAUCGACAGGGUCAGCGGGAAAAAAGCAUGUUAUUGUCGACACGGAUGAAGAUAUCGAAGAGUGGCAUGAAGCGGAAAAUGACGGUGUUGUGCCCGAGGAGAAGACAGCAGCCAACAGGAACGAGUUUGUUGACGAUGAAGCCCUGGAAGUGGAUGGGUAUCAGUCAGGAGAUUCGUUAGCUAGUGACUUGCGGGAAGAGAUGAGAGAGAACGAGAUUCCAGAUCAGGGAGAGGACCUCGGUAGCAUGGAUUCUGAAGACAUUGACGAAGAGGACGAAGAAAAUGAGAACGAUUCGUUUAUAGUGUCGGAUGAUGAUGAUGAUGAUGAGGAGAUAGAUGAGGAUAAACUGCUCGAAGGUACCGGCGAUGAUCUAUCAAUGAGUGAUGCAAGUCCGCAAAAGAACAAGCAAAAAUCGAAGCCUCGUCGUCGAAUCAAAAACAACGUAGACGAUAGUGAGGACGAGCAACAAAAUGAACAAGCUAAUAUCUCAGCUUCACUUAUCAAAUCUUCAUCGAUGUCGUCUCCUAAGAAAACUGAUCGCUCGCUAACUGAUGUAACAGACACUUCUUUACUCGCGGAAAAGAAUUCCGAACAUUUGCCACAAAAUGGUGCCGCUGCAUCCUUGCCUAAUGACACCGUGACACCGGUAAAGCAGAACUGUGCAUUAAUAACGCCCAGCAGUGGUAAGAAACCAGCGCAGCACGUUCAGGUUGUUCAGGAUCCUCAAUCUCAAGAAACUCGGGAACACAGCGCAACAGCGAUUUCGAUCGAUGAAACGCUGAAUUCUGCUGCUGAAAUCGAAUCGUCGGUAUUUGAUAACACUACUAAGCAAAAUGAUGAGGUAGAAGUGGAUGGUAAUAUGGAAAAAAGUAACACGGAACACGUGGAUGUUGAACACAGCGAUGUGAAUAAAUCCACUACAUUUGAGGAUAAUGAGAAGACAGUCAAUGUAAAGCAGACUGACGAAGAAUCUUUAUCAAAAUCGGCACUCGUGUCACGUAAAAGUCUGCCUGUCGGUGAAACAAACACAAAGAGCAUCACUGCUUCGCGGAAAAGCCUCCCUGCCAACGUCCAGGUGCAUUUCCAAGAGGAAGUUAACGAAGUAGAAAUGGGUGUGGUACAUGAAGCAGAAAACACUCAAAAAGAGGAAUCUAUUGCUGCCGACAAAGCUGCGGGCGACCAGGAUGAUGACGACGACGUGGUGGAAAUCAUCUCAUCUGAAUCUGCCCCAGAAAAGCUCGUCCAACCGGAACAGAAAACGGAGGAGGCAUCCAAACCAGAACGAAAGCCUAUCGCGUCUCUCAUUUCGGCGCAGUUCUAUCUAGGCGCAUCGAAAAAGCAUCCUACAGCUGCUAGUGAAGUAUCGGCGGUCGCAACUUCCACGCCGAAACAAAAACCAUCGAAAUCGACUAAAUCACCGUCGAAUAAAGAGUCGUCGCUAGUUCGAAAUCCUUUUGCUCUCGCCGCAUCCGCAAAGGGAAAGGCUCGUUUGUCGAUGGAUCUGGAGGUUGUACAAUCGCCAAAGAACGAAAAGGCUCACCAUUCCUUGCCGCCAAAAUUGAUCGAAGAGAGUGGACCAUCGGGUGAAGCUGAGAUAAGUGAUGGGUUGAACAAGACAGAAAAUCUAGUCUCCUGCAACGGUGUGGCUGUACAGCAACCCGAUCCCGAACCGAUGGAGGUGGAUGAGGAGGAUGAGAAUGAGGAAGAGAAGGCAGCGGCGGAUAAGGGCGUUAAUGACGAGGAUGGCGAAAAUAUCGUUUGUUUAGACGAUGGCGAUGAGGACGACGUAAAUGAAGAGCAAAAAACGGUCACAAAAAUGCCGAAACCGAAAGCCAAAGCGUUGGAAGAUUACGAUAUGGCUAGCAUCAUGUCUCGCUGCAACGAGUUCGUUCGGGUCGACAAGGAGCGCAAAAAGCAACACGCGUCCAUCUUGCGCAAGAAGAAGGAAGACAAAAAGCGUCAAAAAGAGCUAGAAGGGCCGUCCGAAUUAGAAGCUGCCGAUGGAGAUACUACUGUGAAGGGUUCCACCGAUGAUGACACUAACCGGAACACUACCGGGAACGAUUCGCCCGGUCAGGGUGGUGAUUCAUUGAAGAAGAAGAAAAAGAGAAAGCCAAAGGUCAAGAAUUAUCUGCUGGAGGAGCUAGCCGACACGAAGAAGGAACGGCUAGAGCAGGCAUUGCGGCAUAAGCUGGACAUAAUCGAGCGCCGGAAGCAACGCAAGAAAGAGCGCCAGCUUGAGAAGCAGAAGCAACUGGAUAAGGAAAAUGGGCACGCUGUGGCUGCGUCGGGCAUUGGCGCGAAGCUUGAGAAAGUGCAGAUGAAAAAGAAGCAGCAAGCAGCUGCUGCUGCUGACGCCAAAGUGGCCACUGAAACAGGGGAGCUUUCGUCACCGAACGGGGUUGCAGUGUCACCGGAGAGAAAGAAGAGGAGCGUUAAGCAACCACGCCAGCGUCAGGUCCUCUCGGCAUUCGCCGUAUUUCAGCAGCUACAGAAUGGUACUGUGUCGGAUGCUACUGUGCAGAAGGCAGAGAAAACGGUGGAACUUUCUUCCCCGGCGAACAAGCAAGACCCGAUAAAGAAACCUCAAAGCGGUGAAAAAUCGGAGACUGAAUCGGAAAAGAAACGUACCGGUUUAGAGGAUAAAGAAAACAAGUCGGAACCUAGCCAGAAUGUUUCCGUCGAAAAACAAGCUGAGAGCAAACCAAAUGGCCAAAACCAGAAGCAGAAGGCAAAGAAAGCAGCUGAUUCAAACAAACCUCCAGCACCUCCAGCUGUGAUUGGGAAAGCUUUGAGUGCCGAUAAUGAAACCACGGCAAGCAAGAAGGAAAGCGGCAUCGAUCGGUCUGAAGCCAAGGUAUCCGAGUUGCGUGUUUCAUCGUCAAUCCAGCAGUCCACUAGCGAUGGUGUGCUGGAGGUGGUGACAAAAUUGUCCAAAAAGCAGAAGCGCAAACUAGCGAUGAUCUCGGAACCCGAACAACCGAUUGUGGUUCCCGAUUUGAAAAAGAACGCCACUGAAACCGCCAACGGUGGCAAAGCUCAUCACGCCAGUGAGCUGCAAAAUUCGAAGGCUAAAAAACAGAAGAAGAACAAGGCGCCGGUAGCGGUGGAAUUGCCGGAAAAAAAGAUGAUGCAUGUUGUGAAGGACGAUGAGCUGGAUUCCAUGUCGAAAAAGAAAAAGAAAGCCAAGCGCAGCACCACUUCGGCGGUAGAAGAAGUUUCCGUCAAAUCAGGCGCGGACCGGCUGGCUCAAAUCAUGAGCGAAAUUCGCACCGACAAAGAAAAAAAGAAGUCCAAAAAGCUCAAGACCGCUGGCAACAAGCCGGCACCAGGGGAGAGCGAAGGACCCUCCGAGCUAGAGGCCAAAGCUGUGCCAUCGUUUGCCGGUGCCACGAACAAGCGCAAGCGUGAAUUGUUCGACAAUAGUGCGACCCUGGAGUCGCCAAGGCCCGCGAAGCACACGAAACUGCGAGUUCUGCAGCGUAUCGAGAGCGGUGGCUUCCUCGAGGAAACGGUCACACCUGACAAGGUACGAAUGAAGCGCAACUUUGGCUUCGACGAACGACAGGCAACUCCGGCGAAGCAGGUCGGGUUUAAGGUGUCCUCGAUACUGCCAUCAGACGAGCAUGCGGCACUUCGAGCGCUGGCGGUCACUUCGUCGAAGAAACAACUCAAGGAUGGUCGCUCGAAAGCGAAACACACGAAAGUCGUAUCCGAACGGAACCGGGGUAGCCUGCCGCAAAUGGUGUGGACCAGUUCGGGUGUUUUCAUGGAGUCUGCCGCCGACAACGAGGACAUCCGUAAAACACAGCACGGACCGAAAAGUGCCACCAACGGUGGGUACGUUUCGCUCAAAGGGCAACCAGGAGACUUCCGGUUGAAGACAUCGUCGGCAGGCGUGGAGAAACCGCACCGUAUCGAUCCGGCCACGACGGCACAUUCGGUGGUGAAUUUUAAACGGCAGCAAAUUUGGGAGAAAACGGCUCAUCUGCGCGAAAAGAAGAAAGCCGCUCGUAUGUAGGACAGAGUCCUGUUUCGCUUGUACAUAGUUGUGUAGGUUGCUUUACGGUUUUUUCUCCUUUUUUUGAUCACAUUUCUACUUGUUUUCAAUUACAUAUUACUCGAUAUAUGUGCAUGGCUGGUCGCGUAAACUUGUAAACGCAUAAUACAUAGCAGAUUCAAUAAAAUCUGA